AUGGCUGUAAUCACCGAACCUGAAUUAAAAACCUAUAUGGAUAAAAAGGUAUCAGUGCAACUAAAUGGAUCAAGAAAAGUAAUAGGUAUAUUGAGAGGUUAUGAUAUAUUUUUAAAUGUUACGAUCUCGGAUGCUUUAGAAGAAAAACCUGAUGGGGAGAAGUUAAAUCUUGGUAUAACGGUAUGUGAAAUGCACGUUUGA